AAAAAAACAAAUGGGAUUUUUUUCACAAGGUAGAUGGAUCUAUCUUUGAGACAGAUUCCUCCCGUUUUCCCGUUCUUCUGGUCAAUCAGUUCUAAUGGGAUAGAGCCAUCAGUAUCAGCAAGCAAACAAUACAGAAAAGACUAAAGAACAUGAUGCCCCAACGAGUUAAUCUGCACAUAGCCUUAACAUUCUUACAACUUUGUUAUGCAGGAAAUCAUAUAUUUGUGAGAAUUGCACUUGAUACAGGUGUAAGCAAGCUUAUAUUUCCUGUCUAUAGAAACAUUACUGCCUUGAUUCUCCUCGCUCCCCUCUCAUAUUUUUCAGAGAAGAAAGACAGGCCAUCAAUAACUGCUUAUUGUAUACUACACUUUUUCCUACUUGGACUUGUUGGAAUAACAAUGAAAGAAGGAUUCUACCUAUUGGGUUUGGAGAACACAUCACCUACCUUUGCUUCUGCUAUGCAGAAUUCUGUUCCGGCCCUCACCUUUCUGAUGGCUGCACUACUAAGAUAUGAGAGCGUGCAUUUCAAUAGGAUUGAUGGGGUGGCUAAGGUCCUUGGAGUCCUUGCUUCUGUUGGAGGUGCUUCGAUCAUUACCCUUUACAAGGGACCUGCUAUUUAUACUCCACGUUUAGCAUUACAUCAUCAUGAACAAUACUUGUCUAUAUUGGGGGAUGCCACGGGAAAGAACUGGAACAUGGGUGGCAUCUAUCUCUUUGGUCACUGCUUAUGUUGGUCUAGUUGGAUUGUGAUGCAAGCAUUCGUUCUGAAAAUAUACUCGGCCCCACUCACAGUUUCUGCAUUUACGUGCUUCUUUGGUGUUGUGCAGUUUUUGACAGUUGCAGCCUUUUUUGAGAAGGAUUCCAAAGCCUGGCAGGUCAAUUCUAGUGGAGAGAUCUACAGUGUUUUGUUCUCGGGACUGGUGACUUCAGGGCUGGCAUCAGCAAUACAGAUAUGGACUAUUGGCAAGGGAGGGCCAGUGCUUGCUUCAAUUUAUCUACCUUUACAAACAUUACUUGUAGCUUUGAUGGCAUCUAUUGUUUUUGGUGAAGAAUUCUUCUUGGGAGGGAUUAUUGGAGCAUUCUUAAUUAUAUCUGGACUAUACCUUGUUGUCUGGGGAAGAAGUCAAGAAACCAAGUUUGACAAACAGGUCAUAGUCCCCAUUGAGUCCAAGAAUCAUUGGGAAGGAAAAAGUGACGUUUCUUCCCUCACCCAACCAUUGAUUCCUACACAAAGCUCUUAGAGAGAAACAAUUUAUAUGAUGAUAAAACUAUGAAAGUCCCUUAUGAUGAUCCAAUACAUUAUCAGUUGUUUUAUUACUGAUUCUGGCAGCGUCUGCUAUUGACGACACAGUCGUAAUUGGGGAAAUUUGAAUAUCCCUAAACAUUUAGGUGUCACUUUGUUUUUUAUUUAAAUUUUUACUUGAUUUGUUUUGGUUUAUAUAUAAAAAUGUUACCAUAUUUUAACAUUA